AUGAACUAGUAAUUUAAAUAGUAAUCAUGUUGCGAUUUCGAUCUCUCAAGGUCGUUGCGGUUUCGGAUACUGAUACUAGUUUUACAUGAGCGAGAUUUAUUGUGAAUUAUUUGCCAACAAGAUAACAUAAACUCCAAUCAUUUAUGAAGAAGUUUGUUGUGUCUGCUCCUGCGAAAGCUAUAUUAUUUGGUGAGCAUGCUGUUGUAUACGGUUAUCCAGCUAUCGCUGCUACAAUUGACUUACGGUGUUAUUUUACAGUUACCAUUAAGAAUGAAGCUUGUGAAGAUAUUAUUAUAGAUUUUAAAGAUUUAUCAGAAAAUAGCAUUCAUAUUCCAAUCAAAAUGUUUCAUUCUAUUUCAAAUAAAGAAUCUGUUAUGGAUUACGCAUGGAAAUUAGUGUCAGAUCUUUUUGAUUGUGCUUAUCAUGACUCUCUUCAUGAUUCACCUAUCAUUGUUAGCACAUGUGUCAUAGUAUAUCUGUUUAUUCGUGCUACACAACUACGAAGCGAUGAGUGUAGCAAUCAACAAUUCCCAAUGUUUAAUGGAAAAAAUACCAUAUGUAUAGAAAUUCAGUCAGAUAUGCCUAGUGGAUGUGGCCUAGGAUCAUCAGGUGCAUUUUCAGUCGCUGCUACUGCUACCAUUCUAUUAUUAACUAACAAUUAUCCACUUGUACAAGUUUGGGACAUUGAUAAGAUUCAACGUAAAUUAAUAUCUUCUUUGGCUAGAGACGCUGAAUGCAUCAUUCAUGGAAAAUCUUCAGGAUUAGAUAGUACAAUAUGCACGUAUGGAGGUACUAUAGUUUUUCGGAAAGAUCAACUUCCUUUAUUUCAGGAAAUUAACAUUUCAAAUUUCGAUACUGUCAAAUUACUCAUAGUGAAUACUAACAUUACUCGUUCCACAUCUCUCGCUGUACGAAAGGUUUAUGAUAAGUGGAAGGAAGAUAAAACGUGUGUAAAUUCUAUUUUCAAAGAAAUAGGUAUCAUCGUGGACGAAGUAAUUGAUAUUUUGAAUCAGAAAGAUAACUGUGAAAUUAGUCGAUCUCUUACUCGUCAUAUUGUUAGAAACCAACAUUUGCUUGAAGAAUUGGGAGUGUCACAUUCUAUUUCAAACGAAAUUAUUGAAGAAUUAAAACUAGUUGGUAUUCCAGCGAAAGUCACUGGAGCAGGUUUCGGGGGUUGUGUACUUGGAUUUAUUCUAGGGGUAGAUUAUGAUAAUUCAGAGCUUAAUGAUCUUAUCAGCAGGUGGCAUACACGUUCUUUAUGGGCUCAAGUUACUUCUAUUGAAGCUACUGGUGUGAAAUAUAACUCUCAUUUUUUAUAAAUCCUUGUUCUUCAUGAACAUCUCAAAAGUAAAAUUACUUUAUCAACAGUGGAUUGAUAGUCUGAUUUGAAAAAUGUAUCCAUUAGUUAUGGAUAUUUACAGAUGUUCGUAAUGUAUAUUGUGUAAAUAACCUUGUCAGUUAUGU